AGAACCCACCAGCACUGCAGCAUUCACGUCAAGCUCUUGUCCAGCUUGACAUUCACUAACAACAAGUACCCACUGAAACACCAACAUCAUUCAUCACCAGAUUCGCGACCCAUAUCACUCAGCCAUGGCGUCCGAAAUCCCCCCUACGAUGCGCGCCUGGCAGUAUUCACAGACCACGGGUGGCCUGGAACAAAACUUGGUGCUCAAGGACCAUGUUCCCGUGCCCACCCUCUCGCCGCGUGUGGGAGACAAGGAGCUGCUCAUUGAGGUUCUCAGCGCGAGCAUCAACCCUUCGGACUACAAGAUCGCCGAACUGCCCCUGAAUCUGGGCCGUGCUGUCGUUCGCACGCCUGCCACUCCCGCCUGGGACUUUUGCGGCCGCGUCGUCAAGACCACCAACAUCGUCGACAACUUUCGUGUCGGCGAGAUUGUCUUUGGCCGUCAAGCCCCUACUCAGCAGGGCGCUUGCGGUCAGUACAUUGUGGCAAGCGCAAAUGCUUGUGCCUCCCUGCCCUCGGGUGUUGAUGUUGACGAGGCUGCCUCUCUGCCCUGUGCUGGAUUGACCGCCUAUCAGACCAUUGCCCCCAACGUCAAGCCUGGCGACAAGGUCUUCCUCAAUGGCGGUUCCGGUGGUGUCGGCUCCUUUGGCAUCCAAAUCGCAAAGGCCCUCGGCUGCCAUGUCACCGUCUCGUGCUCUGCCGCCAAAGCCGAGCAAUGCAAGGCUCUGGGUGCCGACGACAUCAUUGACUAUACAGCUGUCGAUGUCUGCCAGGCCUUAAAAGAACGCGGUCAGGUCUUUAAGCUCUCUGUCGACAAUGUCGGUCUUCCGGCGGAACUGUACAAGGCCGGCGAUGACUAUCUCCUGCCCGAUGGAAAGUUCGUGCAGGUCGGUGGGCCUGUGUCCUUGGCUGCCCUAUCUUCAACCAUGUCCAGGCUAUUCAGACCCUCCUUUCUCGGUGGCGGAAAACGCAAGUUUCAGUUGUACACACUGAUGGGCGAUCAACACCAAGACUUGGCUAUACUCGGCCAGAUGGUCGCAGAGGGCAAAAUCAAGCCUGUAGUCGAGCAUGGCUAUGAUUUUGAGGAUGUCCCGACAGCCUUCAGGGACCUCAGAAAGGGCAAGACUCAUGGCAAGCUGGUCAUUCACGUUUCUGAAAAGGGUGCAUAA